AUGGCGACGAACUUGGACGUCGACGAGCCAAAGACGUCCUGGCUAGACACUGUCGAAGGCGAGAUCGCGUUCUUUCGCUCCCUCAUGCGCGCGCGCCCUGUAGGCAUACACCGGCACUUCCACGUCCUCACAAUGCGCAACUCCAUCGUGCGCGACACAGGCCGGCUAGUGGAGGUGGAUGAGUUGUGGCGGAAGUUGCGCACGUGUUACGACCUCGACGUCCUCGAGAACAUCGAGGCAGACGGCUACGACGUACCAGGCGAGAGCCAUGCAGGCACCCCGCCUUUCCAACAACCCGCGUCCCCCUCACCCUCGGACAACAUCUUCAACCAUCCCUUCUUCCGCGGCGAGUUCACCCUCCCACAAGAUGAGACGAUCGACCAGCUCGUAUCGGCACGACGCAUGCGCGCGUCCGCCUCAUUACCCUCGUCCUCUCCAGCGCCAUCACCGGCGGCUAACGCGAAGUCUGGCCGGGGCGGGCGCAAGGGCAAGAGCAAGCUCAAGGUCAUGGCGGGGCUUGUAGGCGGGGACAGUGAUAGCAGCGCAUUGACGCAGGAGAGUGGGGAUGAGAGCGUUGCACCGACACCAAGGGACAGCGUUGCGACGGGAACAGAUGCAGGGGACGACUACGCAGAGGAGGAAGAGGAAGCUAGGCAAUCACCAGCUGCCUCAAUAGCGUCAAAGCAGCCUCGCAAAGGGAAAGGCAGACGUGGGUCAACCGCAGCCCGCGGACGAGGCGGCUCAACAGCGCGAGGUGGCAAGAAGAAAAAGAAGUAGCCUUUGCCGCUACACCUGUCCCUUACUAUCUUAUUCGUUCGCUAUCGUAGCCAUGCCCUUUGUAUUCAUACUGACCUCAUACCCAAUCAUGUCGCG